AUGAUGAGGAACGAGGCCGAUCAGGAGGUGGAAAACCACCAUGACACCGACGGCAAAGAGGAGGAGCCGGCCGACAUAUUUCUAGACUGCAUAGAUGAUGAAGACGAGGCCGACCAGGAGAUAGAAAACCACCAAGACAACUACGGCGACAAGGAUGAGGAGGAGCCCGGCGACAUACUUCUGGAGUGCAUCGAUGAUGAAGACGAGGCCGACCAGGAGAUGGAAAACCACCAUCAUGACACCGACGGCAACGAGGAGGAGCCGGCCGACAUAUUUCUGGGCUGCAUAGAUGAUGAAGACGAGGCCGACCAGGAGAUAGAAAACCACCAUGACAACUACGGCGACAAGGAUGAGGAGGAGCCCGCCGACAUUCUUGAGUGCAUCGAUGAUGAAGACGAGGCCGACCAGGAGAUGGAAAACCACCAUCAUGACACCGAUGGCUACGAGGAGGAGGGGGAGCCCGGCGACAUACUUCUGGAGUGCAUCGAUGAUGAAAACGAGGUCGGCCAGGAGACGGAAUACCACCAUGACACCGAUGGCGACAAGGAGGAGGAGGAGGAGUCCGCUGACAUUCUUGAGUGCAUCGAUGAUGAAGACGAGGCCGGCCAGGAGAUGGAAAACCACCAUCAUGACACCAACGACGACGACGAGGAGGAGGAGCCCGGCGACAUACUUCUGGACUGCAUAGACGAUGAAGAGGAGGCAGACCAGGAGGUGGAAAACCACCAUGACAUCGACGGUGACGAGGAGGAACCCGCCGACAUACUUUUGGACUCCAACGAUGAUGAAGACGAGGCAGACCAGGAGGUGGAAAACCACCAUGACACCGACGGCGACGAGGAGGAGGACUUUGAGAUGGAGGCCGCCGCCGCCGCUGCGUACAGGCUCCCAACGAGGGUAUACAAGAUGUUGUACAUCCACCAGCGCGAGGGACUCCGCUGGCUCUGGUCGCUGCACUGCAUGGGAACCGGCGGGAUCCUAGGGGACGACAUGGGACUAGGCAAGACCAUGCAGGUUUCUGCCUUCUUGGCAGGGUUGUUCCAUUCCGGUUUGAUCAGGAGGGCGCUAGUCGUCGGCCCUAGGACACUUCUCACUCAUUGGAUCAAGGAGCUUUCGAUUGUCGGCCUCAGCCAUAUGAUCUGCAACUACUAUGGUUCCAACAAAAAUAUUCGUGACAAUGAGCUUCAACAUGCCUUCAAGGAGGGAGGUAUCCUAUUGACAACAUAUGAUAUUGUCCGGAUCAAUUACAAUCUAAUAAGAGGUGACUUCUAUAAUGAUGCCGACCAUGAGGAGGAGGAGGACUUUUGGAAUUAUGUUGUUCUUGAUGAGGCACAUUAUAUCAAGAACCCCAAUACACAAAGAGCCCAAAGCUUAUUUGAAAUACCUUGUGUCCGUCGGAUUGCCAUUAGUGGAACGCCUAUGCAAAAUAAUUUGAUGGAAUUGUGGGCAAUUUUCAAUUUUUGUUGCCCGGAAGCCUUGGAUGGUGAGGAAGAGUUCAGAACAAGGUUUCAACGCCCUAUCACUGAAGGAAAUAACAAGAAUGCUAGCAAUCGAGCGAAGGACAUAGGCUCAAAUGCAGCGAAGAAAUUAAGAGAACGGAUAAAGCCCUAUUUCUUGCGACGCAUGAAGAGUGAAGUGUCCCUUGAAAUUGGUUUGACAGAUGACAAAAAGCUUCCGAAGAAGAAUGAACUAAUUAUCUGGCUGAAAUUAACAGAUUGCCAGAGGCGACUAUAUAAAGCUUUUCUGAACCAUGAGCUAGUUCCAUUUGAACCGGUAGAAAAUAGCUUGGCUGCUCUUACGGUACUGAAAAAAAUAUGUGACCACCCACUGAUAUUGACUCAGAGAGAUGCUGAGGACAUCUUUAAAUGCAUGGAUGGAGUGUUGAAUAAUCAUGAUACGGUGAUGGUUGAAAAAAUGGCCAUGAACCUCAAAGAUAUGGCUCAUGGUAAUGAUGCAGUACAACUCAGUCAGGCAGUCUCAUGCAAGUUAUCUUUUAUCUUGUCCUUGUUGCGGAAUCUUCUUGAAGAGGGCCACCAUGUUCUGAUUUUUUCUCAAACCUGUACAAUGCUAGACAUGAUUCAGGAAGCUAUAAUUUCACAGGGUUACAGAUUUGUGCGCAUGGAUGGCACUACUAAGAUUUCUGAGAGGGAAAGGAUUGUGAAGGACUUCCAAGAGGGCUUUGGAGGUCAAAUAUUUUUACUGACCACAAAAGUCAGUGGUCUUGGACUUACACUCACCAAGGCAGCUCGUGUCAUAGUAGUUGAUCCUGCUUGGAAUCCAAGUACGGAUAAUCAGAGCGUUGAUCGGGUUUGUCGAAUUGGACAGACCAAAGAUGUGAUUGUAUACCGCUUGAUGACCUCUGCAACUGUCGAAGAGACGAUAUAUAAAUUGCAGGACAUUUAUGAGCUCUUCAGUAUGCCGGGACAAGGUUUUGAUGCUUCCCUCACGCAGAAACAACUGCAAGAAGAGCAUGGACAGCAGCUUGACAUGGACGAGUCGUUGCGGGAGCACAUCCAGUUUCUGGAGAAGCAAGGAAUAGCAGGUGUGAGCCAUCACAGCCUCCUAUUUUCAGAAACAGAAAUCUUGCCGAUGUUGAGUGAGAACGAUGGUCCGGGAAGGGGCGCCCAUGGUAAGCCCAAGGAUGUGUGCUUCACUGCUAGAACACACUUGGCAGGCAAGAACACAGAUUCAGAUAUCACUGAAGAAAUCAACCGGCUGUCGGAAACCCUCGGGAGCACGACGCCUCAGUGUGGAGACAGGACACAUGAGUUGGAUAACAAAAAACUGGCGGUGGUCGCUGAAUCGUCGUCGUCCAAGCAAGUGGCCUGCUAA